CCCCUGGCUAUCCUCUGUUCACCCUCCUGGCUAAACUGGCGAUCGAGCUGCUCCCUUUCGGUUCCGUUGCGUAUCGGGUGAAUCUCCUCUGCGCCUUGCUGGGGGCCGCGGCGGCGUCUCUUCUCUUUUACGCCGUUUCCAGGCUUUCUGGCGCGCACGCUGCAGGCAUCUUUACCGCGGGGAUGUUUUCGUUUUCUCGCCUCACAUGGCAGUGGUCCAUCGCGGCGGAGGUUUUCAGCUUAAACAAUCUGUUUGUGGGGCUGCUGAUGGCGCUCUCCGUGCGCUUCGAGGAGGCGGCUUCCCUGGAGGAGAGAUCAAAGGUCUGUAAAGUCGGAGCCUUUUGCUGUGGUCUGAGUUUGUGCAACCAGCACACCAUUGUGGUCUAUGUGCUCUGCAUUGUACUGUGGGUUUUAUCUCGCUUGUUCAAGGAAGGGGAACUGACCCUGGACCACAUGCUGAAGUUGACUCUCUGCUUCUUGGCUGGCUGCCUGCCUUAUCUCUUCUUGCCGGCCUCUUCCUACCUCAACAAAGCCCGCUGGACCUGGGGAGACCAGACGACUCUGAAAGGAUUUAUGACACACCUUCUUAGGGAAGAAUAUGGAACGUUCAAUCUGGCAAAAUCAGAAAAUGGAUCCAGUAUGACUGAUAUAUUGCUUUUCCAAGUGACCCACAUGAGGGCGGAGCUUUCCCUCGUUGUCCCAGCCCUUGCGAUCGCCGCUUGCCUGUGCGCCACAAUAAGGCCGAAGGUGGAGAGGCCACGUCUGCUGUGUCUGUUUACCCUGAUGCUCUUCUCGUAUUCAUUUUUCUUUGCUUGGAGGGCAAACUUGGAUAUUUCGAAACCUCUCUUUAUGGGUGUGGUCGAAAGAUUCUGGAUGCAGAGCAAUGCGAUCCUUGCUGUUCUUGCUGGCCUGGGAUUGUCCUCUCUCUUUUCCCUAGCUGAGGCUGUAAUCUACAACAGCCGAAUUUUACAUUGCCUGGAGUGGAUAGUUGCUGCCGUCCUCGUUACGGGGCAAAUCUACUCCAAUUACAGCACCUGUGACCAAAGCCGCAACUACGUCGUCGACCAAUUCGCGAGGAACGUUUUGUCCUCCAUGCCUCCAGACGCCGUCAUUCUUCUGAGAGGAGACUUGCCAGGGAAUUCUCUUCGUUACCUUCAUUAUUGUGAGGGAGCGAGACCGGAUGUUACCUUAGUUGAUCAAGAGAUGAUGACUUACCCCUGGUAUUUGCCAAAGAUAGCUAAGCAUCUCCCUGGGGUGGUCUUCCCCGGGGAUCGAUGGAAUCCUGUGGAAGGGCUGUUACCCGACGGAUCGGUCACCUUUAAUCUUCACCACUUUCUCAAAGUAAAUAAACACAAAGAAACCUUCGUCUGCAUAGGGCUCCAUGAAGGCGACCCCACCUGGAGGAAGGACUAUUCCCUUUGGCCCUGGGGGUCCUGUGACAAGCUUGUGCCUUCGGACACUGCCUUCGACCCUGUGGAGUGGGCCGAUCGUACCCGAAAUCUCUACAAUUGGAGCGAGCGGUACGGGAGGUUUGAUUCGUCUAUGUGGGAAGCUGUGGCAAACGAAGAGAUGUGGCAAGCCAGGUGA